AUGUGUUCCUCUCAGCAGUUCUCGAACUUUAUCAGGCCUCAAAAUCACCUACAAGCCUUGUUAAAAUUCAGAUCCUUUGGUCCCACCCCUGGAAUUUCUGACUCAACAGGUCGGGGUAGGGCCCAAGAAUUUACGUGUCUGAGUCUCUUCCAGCUGUUAAUGAUGCUGUUCAUCCACAGGAUCCCUGACUUCGGACAUUGCAAGGGAGCACUGUCUCUGAGGAUGGUGUGUAGGGUGCAGUCCGGACCCCUUCCAGCCUCAUGGAUUGACACCGUGUCCUCUCGAGACAGAAACCAAUGGAAAGGUGAUGGCCUUCCCCCUCCAACUCACUGUUUCUUCAUAAUCAUCUAUGUGCUCGAAUCCUUGACAGUAAUUAUGCAGAGCAACUUAAUUUUUGCAGUGCUGAGCAGGAGACUGUCAUCGAUGGACUUGUUUCCCACCUGCCUGGGCAUCUGCUGCUACUGUCUACAGUGGGUGUCAGUGCUGAACAAUUUUUGCUCCUAUUUUAACCCUAACUAUGUAUUUUGAUACUGACCAAUCACCUGGGAAUUUACUAGUAUUCUUACGGUUAACCAGCUUGCUCUUGUCUUCCACUGCAUCAAGGGUCAACUCUUUUACCCACCCAUCUUCCUCUGGCCAACGUGGAGAAUUUUCAGGUUCGUUCUUCGGCUGUUGCUACAUUCUCUGUUGAUUUCUUGUGUGUCAAUCACCAUCUCAGCUACUAGGAAUUAUAUGAAUGUUCACUUAAUCAUUGUGGGGCUUUUCUCUAUAAACAGCCCUAGGAUUGAGAGACAAGACUUCCACCUGUAUUUUACCAUAUCUUAUCAAACAGUUGCAAUUUUUAUUUCUUUCCUCCUAUUCUUGGCCUCCACCAUCUCAUUAGCCUCCCUGUUCCAACACAUGGGGUAGAUGCAACACCCCAGCCCUGGCCACUACAGUUCUAGCAUGAAAGCUCACACCACUGCCCUAACGUCUUUUGCUGUCUUCCUUAUUUUCUUCACCUCUUACUUUCUGACCCUACUCAUCUCUGUUAUGAGUAUCUCAUUGGAUAAGAGGUCUUGGUUCUGGGUCUGGGAAGUUGUCAUCUAUUCAGUAGUUCCUAUUCACUCCUCUUCACUAAUGCUGAGCAGCUCUAAAUUCAAAGAGGUUUUAAAAGUAAGGUGCUAG